AUGGUUCAAACGCUCGAACUUUGGGGUCACUGGGGGCCCCAAAUCCAUGGUGAGAAAGUAUGCAUGAUCUUAGAAGAGUUGUCUCUUCCCUAUAAAAUCCACUACCUUGAGUUUUCUGAAGUCAAGAACGAAUCUUAUCUUCAGAUCACGCCUAAUGGCCGCCUACCUGCACUCAAGGAUCCCAAUACCUGGAUAACGCUUUGGGAGUCUGGAGCUAUUAUCCUCUACUUGGUUGAUCAAUAUGACAUGGAGGGCAAAAUCUCCUACAAAGAUUCUCCAGAAAAGUAUCUUUGCCAGCAAUGGCUUGCUUUUCAAAUCUCAGGCCAAGGUCCCUACUUCGGUCAAGCCACAUGGUUCGCCCGCUUUCACCCUGAGAAACUCCCAUCCGCAAUCGAUCGUUAUGCAAACGAGAUUCCGAGAGUCAUUGGCGUCAUUGAGCGCGCACUCAGCAAAAACUCGGCCGGUAACUGGCUUGUUGGUGACAAGUGUCUUCAUAGGAUGCCAAAUAUACGGCCAACACCUACAAUCCUCCUACCCCGCCUCCCCGCCAAAACCCUCGUCGGCCUCGAUCUUCUCAGCUUCACAUCCACCGAACAAUUCUACGGUAUCAGCGACCUAACGCCUGGCUGGCAUUUUCUCUACACGGGUACUACAGAGAGUUUCUCAAUACGGUGCGGCGCAUGGUUUUACGUCCGGAAUCUCCCUUUCGACUCAGUGAGUGGUAGCAACGAUAGUUCCAAUAGCAUAAUCCGGUACAACGGUACUGCUACCACCGACGGGCCAGACAUUCGUAUAUGGAAAUGGAACAAGCAUAUCGAGACCCUAGUGCCCAUGAAAGGCGACAAUGACGAAAACCGACUUGAGACCAUGCGCUGGAAAGCCAAUCUAGGAGGAUUGAGACAAAUGGGUGCUUUGUUUAGUUAUAGAACGAAGGGGCUCCCCGAAAGCACCGAGGUGGAUGAAGAUGAACUUUCGGGUAAGGAGCCCACACGCAAGGAUUGGGUUCGACUGACGAAUCGUAUCACGCCGGAAAUCUUGUCUCGGAUAUUGGGUACGCCGUUUAGUGACGAUGACGAUAGGCCGAGUUGGAGUAUUAAUUCGGCAAGUACCGCGGCGCGAGAUGCGGAUAAUAUUCCUGGGAUUACGGGGGAGAUGGCUUCGGAGGUCAGAACGAACAGCUUUGGGGGCGGGGAAGAAGGUCAAAAGGAAAAAGAGUUACAAUUUCUACCCAUUGAUUUGAAACGAACAUGGCGCGAAGGCGCAAUCGGUCGUGAGAGGACAGAAGCGGCGCAGGAUAGAUCAUGGGCCUUGGGCGAUUUGAUUAGGAGAUAUAGUUCUCCGAAAAAUAAUGAUGAGAAGAAAGGGGAAGGUGAAAUACUGGGGGAGCUGCAGUUCUGCUUCCUCAUGAUCCUAACUCUCAUGAAUUAUUCCUGUCUCGAGCAAUGGAAGCGACUGUUAGCGUUGAUCUUGACAUGUCGGAUUGCGAUUAAAGAACGAGAACCGCUCUUCAGAGACGUGCUUCAACUCUUGCGAUUACAAUUACGCCAUGGUGAGGAUAUUGAUGGUGGGCUUUUCGAGAUGGAUGGUGACUACGAUGGGAACUUUCUACGAAAACUAUUAACAGACUUCCGGCAAUCUGUACAUCAACUAGAAGAAUCAGAGACAGACGGUGCAGGCAGCCUUGUGCGGCCAGAGAUGGAUGCAUUAGAGCAAUGGGUACGAGCAGAAUAUGGAUGGGAACUACGCAAGGACUUGAUUAUGCGCCGAGGGAUGUUACAGCUCGAAGACGGAGAACAGGUCGAAAUGGAGAUGAGCGGUGCAGAUGAGGAUGAUGAGACGGGCGAGUACGCUCCUGUGAUUGUUGAUACAGGAGACGGUACGGGACAAGAGCACGAGGCAACUGACGUCGACACACCUAUGGAUUAG